AUGCCUCCAAGAGCGCAGCGAGGCUUAUCCGCCUCACAAGGCAUCUCCUUAAAUCGGGUGCAGUCGGCUAGUGGCGUCGCCCGCUCCGCAACAAAUACAACGGCACCCAAAGUCCCCACAGUAGUGGCAGCAGCAGCGGCAGCCAAGCAGCCCCCCCGAGCCUCGGUUGUUUCCAAAAGUCUCACGGUCACAGGCAACGCCAGAAGUGACAUGGAAGCCCUCUUUGAGCGGUUUCUCAGCCGUGACCGAGUUGAUGGGGUUGAUGCGUUUGGUAUGAAUGGUAUUUAUCGCCUUUGCGGGGAGCUUGAGAUAGAACCAGACUCUUUUGAGAUGUAUGCGCUAAUUUGGAAGAUGGGUGUCACACGAGGCGGCUGCAUUCCCCGUGCAGAUUGGCUUAAAACGAUGUACACGUACAAAAUUGAUCAGCCACAAGAUCUGAAGAAGAUUCUCGUGGAGUGGGUGAAAGAAGCCAGAGGAGACGCCUUCAAGGAGUUCUACAAUGCGCUCUAUGAUUAUAUCCGUGGUGAGGAGGCUCGUCUUAUGCCUUGUGGAACGGCCGUGAAGGCCUGGGGUGUGCUUUUCCAACGAGCACCUCGCAUAGAGCAAUGGAUUAACUGGUGUUCAACCGUCUAUAAACGAGACGUUAGCCGAGAUCUGUGGAGGGAGAUUGAGGCUUUCCUCUCCACCGUCCCAAAUAACGAGGCCUACAGUGCGGAGGACAAGUGGCCAUAUGUCAUAGGCGACUAUGUGGAAUGGUGCAAAGCGUCUUCGUGA